GCGCGCCCCCGCUUUGCUCCUCUUCGCUUCUGUACAAAAAAAGCCAGAAGAGGUGUGGAAGAAGAUAACGAGCAUCCUCGGUAGUCGGAAUCCGAGAGCCAGCAAAGGAACAGCACGCCAACCGCCUCCUUUCACAAUGAAGGAUCGUAUGCAAGAGCUCAGGACUGCAAAGGAUAGUGAUGAAGAUGAUGAAGUUGCAGUCAAUGUGGAUAGAGACCGCUUUAUGGAUGAAUUCUUUGAACAGGUGGAAGAAAUCCGUGGAUUCAUUGAUUCCCUAUCAGAGAAAGUGGAAGAGGUCAAGCGGAAACAUAGUGCAAUCCUGGCUUCCCCCAACCCAGAUGAAAAAACAAAACAAGAACUUGAAGAGCUAAUGACUGACAUCAAGAAAACAGCUAACAAAGUCCGCUCCAAACUAAAAAGUAUUGAACAGAGCAUUGAACAAGAAGAAGGGCUAAACAGGUCUUCCGCAGAUCUUCGAAUACGAAAGACACAGCAUUCCACUCUAUCACGCAAGUUUGUAGAAGUGAUGUCCGAGUACAAUGCUACUCAGUCAGACUACAGGGAGCGCUGCAAGGGAAGGAUUCAGCGACAGCUGGAAAUCACUGGAAGAAACACCACAAAUGAAGAACUCGAAAGUAUGCUGGAAAGUGACAACCCUGCCAUUUUCACAUCUGGGAUCAUCAUGGACUCGAACAUCACAAAGCAAGCGAUGAAUGAGAUUGAAACAAGGCACACCGAGAUCAUCAAGCUGGAGAACAGCAUCCGCGAGCUGCACGACAUGUUCAUGGACAUGGCUAUGCUCGUCGAGAGCCAGGGAGAGAUGAUUGACCGCAUCGAAUACAACGUGGAGCACUCUGUGGACUACGUGGAGCGGGCCGUAUCGGACACGAAGAAGGCGGUCAAGUACCAGAGUAAAGCGAGGCGGAAGAAAAUCAUGAUCAUCAUCUGCUGUGUGGUGCUCGGCAUCGUCAUUGCUUCCACUGUCGGUGGGACUUUGGCCUGACUUGUUGCAGAACUCAACACCACCAACUUGCCAACUUCUCACACACAGACAGACACACCACACACCCCAGUCAACGUGGCCAGCAAAGCAAUGACCUGGGGAGUUUUUUUUUCCUUACAGAAAACGUUCUCAUUUUGUUUUCCACGUCUUUUAAACCGACUGUCCCCACACACUCUGCACAGAAUGAGGCGUCCUGUCCAAAACACGAGUGAAAGUUAAGACAAAGGGAAGUAGUUGAGAUGUGAUCUAACUUUUCUCAGGAUGUGUUCUCAUGCCACACACACACACACACACACACACCCUCAGAAGUAGCUGCAGAAAGACUUGAGGAUAAAAGCGAGAUGUACUUCUUAUGCAUGAUUUCAUUUUUGUAAACGUAUGUACCUGGGUGUUGGAUGUUUAAAGAGCAACAAAGCAAGUCGUUUUAGUUCUUUUUAAGACUUGGAUGCCUUUCAUUUGCUAUUUGCCAUUCGUUUGACCAACCAUGGACAUUAUCAUUUCCAGAGGGCUGAGUGAAGAACGCCACAGCUGUCGACUUUUGUUUUGAAAUUUUAAACUUUUGAGACUCUUUAAUGAAAAAGAAACCACAACUGAAGUGAAACGCACAGCACAAUGGCGGAGCCAGCUGGCAACCUGCUGUGCCGCGUCUGAAGGCCGAGUCCUCACCAAGUGUUUGAGUCCAUCUGCACUACACGUCUGUCUCUAAAGGUCUCUCUCUGUAUUUGAUUGUGUGCAUGACUGAGGUAACUGCUGUACUUGAAUUGGACUCCCCCCGGCCCCCCUCCCUCCCGCUGUCCAAUGGAAACGUGUUGGUUUGUACAGGUUUGAGAGCGCACUGAUGUUGUGAAGCAAACUGUACUUUAUACCAGAAUUUUAAUCCUAUACAAAAAAAUAAAAUAAAAA